GCAGUUCCGUCUUGCAUAAAAAGAAUUGUUUUGCUUUCUUCUUUCAGACAACAAAAAAGAAAAAAAAAAAGCUAAACAAUUUUUCUUAACCGCUAUUAGUGCACAAAUUUUAUUAAAAAUACUUAAUAAAGUGUUCAAAUGAACUCGAAUAUUACUAUUGAGCGAAAAAGAGUAGACUGUAAUGCUUUACCAAAGGGCUGGCAAAGAGAGGAGGUACUAAGAAAAUCAGGAAUCUCAGCAGGAAAAGUUGACGUUUACUACUAUAGCCCUACAGGUAAACGUAUUGACACAAAACCUCAACUGGCACGACAUUUGGGAGAUGCGAUAGAUAUAAGCAGUUUUGAUUUUCAAAAGGGCAAAUUUAUACAUCACCUACCGCUGCCUUCCAUAUCCGUAUAUCGCUGUUCGGCUGCCAGUGGUACCGGUUGUCUUAAUUCAAGCAGUACGACGUCUAUAGCUUCUGGAGGUCCUCUAACAAUAACACCACAAGCUGCUAGCUCAAAUUCUUUAAAACGGAAACAUAAAACGGCAACGCAACCUCCAUCUGGAGCAUCGCCACAACAUAGCACUUUACUGGGGUCUUGUACUGCAACUGUUCCUACCGCAGCAGUGCCGGCAGCAGGCAGUAGCAACGUUAACAUAAGACAGCAACAACAAUUAGAAUUCAGUCGAGCAUUGCGCUCAGAUGCUUCAUUGGUUCCUCCGAUACGUCAAACAGCCUCUAUAUUCAAGCAACCGGUAACGGUGGUGCGUAAUCACGAGAAUAACAAAGUAAAACAUGACACCAAGCACGGUGCUCAGGAAAAGCCUAAGCAACUUUUUUGGGAGAAACGUUUAGAGCGUAUGCGAGCCUGUCACGCGAGCGGUGAGGAAUUGGAUGAUAUUGUUUUACCGAAAAAUUUGAAAGCGUUAGGUCCUAAUGUACAUGAACAGACGGUUAUGCAAUCACUAGCCACAGCUUUGCAUGUGCUAAAUACGCCCGUAACUGGACAAACUGCCACGAAGUCUGAAUUCCAAAAGAACGCCCCGGCUUUUAUUAAUCCUGAUCAGCCACUAAUGCAGGCCAUACUAGUCUCUGAUGACGAUAUACGGCGACAAGAAGACCGUGUAAACAUAGCCCGACGAAAACUACAAGAAGCCUUAAAGGUUUAAAUCUAAAUAAUAUACUGAUUUUAGGAUUAGUUUAGUUUCUAAGUUGAAUUAAGUAAGAAACAAUUUCUGCUAUUGUUUAGAAAAUUGAAUUAUU